ACCAGUUUUUCAGUAGAUUUUCGUUUAGUGAGACGUGUUUUUAUAGAGAUAUUUCUUCGUUUCUUUUUGGAUUUUACAAAAAUGUUACUUUGGUUUUUAUAAGUGUUUUUAAAAAUAAUAAAAGCAGAUAAAAAAAAUUAUGUACGCCUACGUUUAUAACUGAAUUAUGUGUAAAAAUCAAAUUACUAUUAUUGAUGAAUUAGCUAAGAAAAAAAGUGUAAAUAUUUAUUAGACAAAAACAACUACAAUUCAUAGAAUAUUAAUGAAUAAAUACAAAAAAGGGCACGCUUUAUUAAAAAAAAAAAUAAUAAAAUUUCUGUAAAAUAACACAAAAAGGUAAAAUAUUAAAAUAGAAAAUCAUUAAGUGACACCUGACAACAACAAAUAAAUAACAAGAAAAUGUGAAAAACUAAAAUGAAAUAUACAUAAUUAUCCCUUUUGGAAAAGUGUUUUUUACAUGAAUAUUAAUAAAAAAAAAAAAAACGGAAGAAAUUCAAAAUCAUAAGAAAUUUGCCAUAAAAACAAGUGAUUAAAUUGGAAUGAAUGUUUAAAGGAAAAACAAGAAAAAUAAAAGAAACCUACAUACACUACAAACACAGGCAGACGUAUGUAAUGUGAAACGUUAAUUAAUCUUUGUGAUUUUUAUAAAGAAAAUGUGAAUUGAAACAACAAAAAUCGGGGCUGAAAUUAAAAUUUUAUGUGUCUUUUUUUUCAUUAUUUUGUUUUUAUUACUUUAUUCCUUGUAUUUUAUGAGUGUAUUUUUCCUAUUUUUUUAUGUGAAUGUGUGUGGAUUUAAUUGCAAUGUUGCCAACUUUCUAUAUGGAAUAAAUUACUGCAAAACGCUGUAUUAAAAGCGUUAAAAAAGAAAGGAUUAUAUGCAAAGUUUUGGAAAUUAGUAGAAACAUUAUAUUUAUUUAAAAAUAUGUGGAAAAAUAAAACUCACAUAAAUGAAAUUGCCUGCUAAUAAAAAACGAAUAAAAUUUAAUCAAAAAUAGUGUGAAAGUGUCAUAAAAAAAUAAAUGUACAAUUUGGCAACUCUAAUUGUUGUGAAUGAAACAGUGGUGCCAGCAACGGAAUAAAACGCACAAAAUUUCUUGUGGAAAAAACAGGAUCAUAUACAAAAUAUAAAUCUCUUUUCAACAUCCUUAAAUACAACACAAUUUCAUUGUGGUUGUUAUUGCGAUCAUGCAUCGUUCAUUGAAACCACACGCACAAGCUAAAAAGAUAACAAAAGUCGCACCACCAGCAUUACCAGGCGAUCCAGUACCACAGCAGCAAACGUCACAGUCAGCAUAUCAACAACAGAUACCACUAUAUCGUUUGGGUGGUAGUAUAUCGGGUGCAGCUGGUAAAGUACAGCUGGAGGAUGGUAUUAUAAUGAGUAGUAUGGUAUCGUCACCAUCGCUCGAGGAGGGCGGCUUCAAUUUGCCACGUGAACCUACAGUAGCAUUAAGAAUUAAAGAUGAAAUAAACGAAUAUUCAUCAGCCAUGUCAACCUCAGGCUCAUCACAAACCUCGGCCACGGCUACGGCCGCCUCUAAGAACGCACAAGCCACUGCAGCAGCUGCCGCAGGAAAUCCUUUGCUGGGCUCUUGUCCACCCUCUUUAGUGCCAUGUCCCCCGCCAGUCUUUUGUGCCACUUUACGUGAACCUCUAACACAUAAAGCGGCUGUCUAUUACCACCAGCAGCUGGCUCUGCAAGAGGAUCAAGGCAUCGAUCUAACACAAUCACCGGGUCGUGAUUCACCCGGUUCCUCCUCUGGUUCAGCUGGUUCUGGAUCACGUCAUUCAACCGCUAGUUUAGAUUCAGGUCGUGCUUCAUCAUAUCUAACCGGUGUCUCGGGAGCCGGUUCCAUACGCAGUAGUGGCGGUGGUGGUGCUCUCUCUUCGCCCCGUUGCAGUUCAUUAAGUUCAUGUUCGAUUGGUUCGAUGGAUCGUCAACGUAAUGAGGAAUUAAUCAUUGAUUGGCUAAUGGAAAUGAAAUAUGAAGAAUAUGCUCAAUUGUUUAUAACAGCUGGCUAUGAUUUACCCACAAUUGCUCGUAUGACACCGGAGGACUUAACAGCGAUUGGUAUUAAGAAUCCACAUCAUAGAGAGAGAAUUAAGCAGCGUAUUGAUAAGUUGCAAGUUUUGGAUAAUCUACCACAUUUUGUGCCGGGUUCCAUUGAAGAAUGGCUACAACUUUUACGUUUGGAGGAGUACAUACAACCUUUAUUGGAUCAAAAUUAUAAAACAGUACGCGAUGUUACCCAAGUAACUUGGGAAGAUCUCGAAGAUAUUGGUAUUGUUAAGUUGGGACAUCAAAAGAAAAUUCUGCUGGCCAUAAAACGUGUCAAAGACAUUAUUAGCGGAAAAUGGAAUCCCGGUGGUUCAAAUCCCUACAAUCAACAGGUACGUCAACCUCGAGGCAAAAGUUUGGAAUCAUUAGAGGAUAUCCAUGAUAACAGCACACGCAGCCAUUUGACUUUUAGUCAUUAUACCACAACAGAUUAUGGUCAUUUUGCCCAUCCCUCACAAUUGCAACAGCAUCAACAGGCCUUGCAGCAACAGCAGCAUCUACAACAGGCCGCUCUAAUGGCCGGUGGUGCCGGUAAUUUGCCCCCAGGUGCGGCACAACGUAUGUUAAGCAAUCCCGCCACUAUGAACUGGCGUCGUUCUUACGAUGAUGGUGAUAUAACACCCACCAAUGAUGCUGCCGCCCGUGAACUCAUGUAUGAGGAAGGCGGUGGCACUUUGCCACGCCAACAGCGUGGCAUCUUGCAAAGGGCUGUUUUAAACACCAUGCCACCUUUGGAGCAUCAUCAUUAUAUGAAUGCUGCCGCCGCUGCAGAAUAUGUCUGUCAUGCUGGUGGUUUAGGUCCUCCUACUACAGCUAAUGUGCCACCUGGUGCUAAUGCUGGCGUAUCCUCAAAUGUAGGUGCUGGCAAUGUUUUAGAUAGUUCCAGUUUAACUAAUCCCUAUUUAACUGGUAGCCCUAUGACGGCGAAAAAAAUUGCUCCCGAACCACCGCGACGCCAUUGCAGUAUACGUAAUUCACGAACUUUAAGUCAGGAUGGUUCGCAAAUGAAUCCUUCUUCGGUUGCUGCUCAUGGUAUGGGUUCCAAUAUGUAUUAUGGUGCUGGUGGGGGUAUGGGUCCGGGUGUUGGUCCUUCAAUGCACCCACAUGCUGCUUAUUUGCAACAACAAGCUUCCCAACCCAUCUAUGCCAACUAUGCCACCAUACAGCAAACCACCGCCGAAAUUCAUUGUGAGAAAUUUCAUGACAAUAAGUCCAAUUCCAGCAUUGAUUCGAUUGAUACCAUACCAUUUGCCAAUGAAAAUACCGGUACGAUCAAACAACGUUUACUUAAUCGCCAAGAAUUAACCGGUGGAGGUGGUGGUGCCACUGGAUCUCAAGGUACAACCGGCAGCAGCCAUUUACAUUCCUCCUCUUCCUCAUCGUCCUCAUCAUCGACAAACACUAUAGCCAAUAUUGCCCAUUCAUUUCAUUCCCUUAAAUCAUCCUCCUCACUACAUGAUGCCUCCCUAAUACGUAGUGAAAGUAUUGGUUCAACCGCUAGUGGUGGUAGUGCUGGUUUAUCUUUACUAAGAUCACCUACUUUACAAUAUCCUCCCGUUAAUGCUGACAGUGCCCCGUCAUUGGCUGGUCUAGGUACUGAUGAUAAUUCUGCCGCCGCCAUUGUCGCCUCCGUCGAUUCUAAUCCUAUUGAAACAAGUGCCAUAACGUCUAACACGGCGGCCGCUGGUGUUAAUGUGGUGGGUGCCGUAGCUGCUGGUGCCGGUCAAAAGGUUUCGGUAAAUGUGCUCAAUGAUAUUGGUAAUAUGUUGGCAAAUCUCACCGAUGAAUUAGAUGCCAUGUUAGAGGAAGAGAAACGAGUAGGUUUAAAUAUAGACAGUGAAUAAAUGGACCGUAAGUAGUUGUUUAGUAAAACAGUUCUUUUUUUUAAGCUAAAUGUAAGGGAAACAUAUGAUAACAAGUGAGAAUCAAAAUGUAUGAAAUCAUUGCAACAAAACAGGUGCUACACUAAAAAAAACCCACUCUAUAAACUAACUUCCUCUCUAUCUUUCUGUCACUCUCUUUCUCUCUAACAAAACUUUCUUUAGGCAACUUGUUUAAGAAAAUAAACCGAACCGAAAUAUAUAUUAAACAAAAAAAAAAAACAAUGAGGAAUAUUAGUAAAUAACUUAUUAACUUUAAUACUAACAGUACAUAAGUAUAUACAUAUGUAUGUAGAUUAUAUAUAUAAAUAUAUAUAGUUUAGUUAUUGUAAUAAUGUAAGUGUGGUUAGCCCUAUAUA